UCCACAGUGCUGCAGGGUAUCGCAAGGACUCUCGGGGGAUUUCGGGAAUUUCCAGUAACGUAUACACUGCUGGUGAGAAGGGCUAUACUGAAGAAGUCAAGCAGGAUACUGAUAAUAUGAUACCUGACAAGGACCUAAUUAAUAAUGAUGCCAGUCAUGGGACCAAGUCAGCCUGUCCUGUCCACACACCUCCACUGACUGGCAAUGGGAAAUGUACAACGCAUGGGAAGCAUGGAGAUAACAUCAAGAUUAAGAUGCCUGAAGGGAAGUGCAAACCAUUACCUCUAGAGUGGUGGAAGACUUGUAUUGCCCUCACAUAUGCUGUGUUCAACCUGCUUUUAACCACCGUCAUGAUCACAGUUGUGCACGAGAGGGUCCCUUCCAAAGAGAGCAGCCCCCCUUUACCAGACAAAUUCUUUGACUAUAUUGACCGUGUGAAGUGGGCCUUUGUUGUGACAGAAGUGAACGGGAUCAUUCUUACAUGUAUCUGGUUUGCACAGUUGACAUUUCAUAAAUACAGGGCAAUUGUGGCCAGGAGGUUCUUCUUCAUCAUGGGCACUUUGUAUUUGUACCGCUGCAUUACCAUGUACAUCACCACCUUGCCUGUACCAGGAAUGCAUAUGACCUGUGCUCCUAAGCUACAUGAUGACUCCCAAGCCAAGUUGCAGCGCAUUCUCCAACUUAUUUCUGGGGGUGGCCUGUCACUCACUGGUUCACACCUCUUGUGUGGGGAUUUUCUCUACAGUGGCCACACAGUCAUGCUUACUUUGAGCUACCUUUUUAUCAAGGAGUACUCACCACGUUCCUUCUGGUGGUACCACCUGAUGUGUUGGCUACUGAGUGCUGUGGGUGUAGUGUGUAUACUUGUAGCUCAUGAACACUACAGUGUGGACGUCGUUGUAGCAUACUUCAUCACUUCCCGGCUGUUCUACUGGUACCAUACUAUGGCCAAUGUACAGGCUCUGAGGUCCUCACCAAACAACUAUCUCACCCACACAUGGUGGAAUCCGGUGUUUAACUUUUUUGAGAGGAAUGUGCAGACCCAAGUGCCUUGUUGCUUCUGUUCUCCAAUCACCUGUCCUCCUACUUGUUUUAAUCGUUGUAAGAAGUAUUCUGCAGUCCAGAGUAUCUCUGAGGAUUGAACUACUCAUGCAUGAACAGUAUGACAUUUACAUACAAAAUUAAGUUGACCAACAUUGACAAAUGUCCUUUUCUGACUAAAGCCUUUCCUGAAAGUACCUUAAAUGUGGUUAUCAUCAAGCUUUCAUCAAUCUUUGAUUUCAAAAUAAACUAGA